AUGGACUCUCCACCAAAACGCAGGAAGACUGGCGAGAACACAGCCGUGGCCGUUGGCGUGUCGCAGUCGCUUGCGCCUCGUGAAGGGACGCGUCCUUCAGGUCGUCCAUCCUUUCAAUCGCCAACAAGGUCGAGCCUAGCCAAAUCACACCCCGAUGUUCUCGAACGCGCGCUCAGCCGAUCUCCUACUCGGCGACCAACAAGUAGAGGAAGCCAAAGAGGUCGGUCAGAGCAGCCAGACCCAAGGGCUGUCGGACUUCGCGACCGCAAAGCUCUUCGACCCUCACUAGGUCCUUCAAGCCCACUAAAAGCGCCUCGAGCUACUGUUGACGCGCCGACACUGUCUCCCAGCAGACGCGCAAGUGGAAUCGAGGCCUUUUCGAAACCUGCUCGCAGACUGUCCAAAAAGAUUCUUCCCGGGGAUUUCACAUUUGGGUCUCCAGUCAGAAAAGAAUUGGCACCACCAGAGCAGGAUACCCCGGAGAGCCAAUUGGCGCGAGAAUUGGGCAGUGCGACAAACGAACCAGAGGAUGAGGGAGAUGCAGACAUUGGUAUAGAUAACCCGUUCGAUGACGAGGACCCUCUCGAACCUGAACUUCCUCCGACCCCGACACAACUAGGCCUCGAGAAGGCACCCGACAGACCAAUGGGGCCACUGAGCAGCAGUCCUACAGCCAGACAUGAGAAAAUGGUGAAACGACGGACCGUCGAGCAUUUCCACCCAAGUCCUUUGAAGUCAUUGAAAUUCCAAAAUCCCAGCACCGAAGAGAGCACUGACGACGAGAGUGUUGUUCAAGACGAACUGACACCGGCGAUCCUCGAGAAGCAGAAACUGCGCAAGAGUCUUUCCGCGGAACUCAGGAGCCUGAAGGAUGACGUGGAAGAACUGACCAAGUGGACUGAGAAAGUCGAGUCUGAUGCGAAUCUGACGGGCAACACCAAGGCGCUCGGCAAAUUCCUGACUCUUCUCGCCGAAGAGUCCUCGCAUAUCAAUCUCCCAGCACCGAGAAAAGCCCCAGUCCCGGUGUCAUCACUUCUUUCGACAUUACUCCCAUUCUCUGCCAACAUCCCCCGCCAGACCCGUGAAACCUCGCCUCUCCCUACAAACCCAUUUGCGUUGAAGGAAUCUUCGCAGUCGCCACUAUACCUCACAGUCUUCGCUCCAUUAGCUCUACGAGCUCAUAUAACUCGCACAUUGUCCGAAACAUCCGGCUUCACUGAGACCCAUACAUUAUCAUUCACCGCCCCUUCUCCCUUCCCAUCAUCUUUGUUUAACGUUUCCGUUGUAUACGAAACCCACCCGGAGACACAUUCCCUAACAUCCUUGUCCGUGCCAACAGACAAUGACAGCAAGCAGCGCAAAGUCCCCGAGUGUCUGCGUCAAUGGAUUGAUUCUCGACUAGCAAACCCGCUUCUGAAACUCGAUGUGGCAACGCUAUGCUGGGGCAUCAACAGGUACUGGGAAGCAUCAGUAUCUCGAGCCCAGCUAUGGGCCCAGAUCGAACAGAAGCAUGGCAAAGAAACAUCAGCACGAGGACGGAAAGACCUACCUGGACCUCAAGAUGGAGUCAUUACAGUUUCUGAACUAUGGCGACUAGUCCCUCACCUCGAGCGCAGCACCAUGGUCAUCAAGACCAAAUUCUCCGGCGCCAGCACCCAUGUGCUUCUCUCAAACACAUUGGUCAUGGACGAUUGGACCGGUGAGCCUCAGCUACGACCAGAACUCAGCGUCUCUAUUCCAGGUGGCAAUGGGGGGUCGAGUAAAAAGAUCAAUAGCGAGGCUAAGAAGUUGUUCCAUGGUCUGUUGCAUCAGGAAGGUGUUGGCAGAACGAAAGGCGUGGCUGGAACUGUACAUAUCAAUACUAUUUCACGGGCUACUAAUGGGGCCCUUGGUGCUUUGUUCGGUGUUUGA